UUUACUUAGUUAAUGAACGGUUAAUUAACGGGAUUUUUAUUUUACUCUACCAACACUGACCAAUUAGUCAUGUUGCACUGCCAAAAUGCCGUCACCCAAGGCAAAAAUUAAAAAUACGAAAUGUCAAACUGAAGUCAUUUCACUAUUUUUGCUGUCAAACCGGCGUGCGUGGUAAUUUAAUCGAGUGUAACUUGUUUUGAAUUGUUUCAAUCGUUCGACAACAGUAUUUCUCUUCCUCACUCGACUAUUGUUUAUUAAAAUGGAACAUCAAAUAGAAACGAAGCCCACUAAGAAAAGGGCCCGCUCUUCGAACUGGGACGAAGAAGAAAAGAGACUAUUAAGACAACUUAUAAUUGAAAAAAUUUAUAUUAUAGAGAAGAAAGACUGCUCUACAAAUACGCAUGCACAAAAGAAAGCGGCUUGGCAAGAGAUACUGUCUAGUUUUAACAGUCUGAACAAUAAACAACGAGACCUGACUCAGUUGAUAACCCAGUGGCGAAAUACAAAAGGUCAAGUAAAAAGUAGGAAGUCGGAAUAUCGACGCGCUAGGCUGAUGACAGGAGGAGGGCCUCCACCACCAAGCCCCCCACCUGAAGACCUUGAAAUCAUUCAGUCUAUACCAAAUGAGUUUGUGGUGGACAGCAAUGCAUUUGACAGCGACAGUGCAUUUAUGAAAACAAUAAAACAGUCGCACACAGCUGAAAUUAAAAACAUACAUCAGCCAGAAUUAGAAGUGCCACCAAUACUAUCCUCAGUUAAUGUUAUUUUAGAUUCUGAGAAAUCAAUUGAGUUAGUAAAUCCUGAAGCAGAAAUACAAAUCACACCACUCGCUUCAACAUCAGAAACUGUUCUGAGAAAUAAAAACAAUAUAAAAAGGAAACUUUAUAAACCCUCAAAAAAACAAACUAAAAUGGAUGAUUAUGAACACCAAUUAUUUUUAUUAACAAAAAAAAGCAAAGGAAAACAAAGAGCUACAAGAGGAAGAAAUACAUAAAAAAAGGAAGGAAAUUUUGGAGUUGGAACGGCAAUAUUGGGAAAAAAAGUUAAAGAUGCUGG